UUCCAAAAUUUUCGUUUGCAUCAAUCACGUGUUGAAAUUGUGUGGUAAUUCAAACUUCAAAGAGGAGGCUCGCUCGACUAUGAGGCUGAGACCUGAGAGAGCCUGAGGCUGCGGUCCUGCUCACCGGAGUGGAAUUAUCCUUUACUCCCACGUGCGUCAAAUCUCAAAACAGCACCAAAAUUAAUCCAGAAAAAGAAGGAAACGAAUGAUGAAUCAAUCCCCCUAUUUAUUGGACAUAUAUAUAAAUCACACGAAGACGUCAGAGAAAUCGUUGCGAGGUUGGUACUUGAUACCACUAGAGACCAGGAGCAAGUGCGAAAGCCGAGAGAUAACAACACCGAGCUCGCUCGCUCUCGAGGCAAGCAAACCUCAGACGCCACCGCCAACAACGAUAGGGCCGAAUCCAUCAAGAUAGAUAUCUAGAUCUAUGGAGUGGACGAGAGGGAAGCCCGUCGGCAGGGGAAGCUUUGCCACCGUUAAUUUGGCGAUACCCACAAGUGAUAACAGUCUGCAGCUGGUUCAGGUCCCUCAAUUGAUGGUAGUGAAAUCCGCUGUGCUUUCCGAGUCUUCUUCGCUUCAGGUCGAGAAAGAGAUCCUGACCCAUCUCCGAGGCUGUCCACAAAUUCUUCCUUGUUUUGGCGAUGAUCUCACCGUUGAGAAUGGGAAGCAAAUUUACAAUAUUUUCCUCGAGUACGCUUCUGGAGGUACUUUAGCUGACCUGCUCAAGAAAUCUGGCGGUUCGCUAUUGGAAUCUGAUGUUCGACGUUAUACGAGAUCAAUUCUCCGAGGUCUUCGUUUCAUCCAUGCGAAUGGGUAUGUCCAUUGUGAUAUUAAGCUGCAAAACAUCCUCCUCUGUUCUUCUCCAGAUGGAAGCAACGAGAUUAAGGUCGCCGAUUUUGGGCUGGCGAAGAAGGCAGCACCAGGACAAGAGAUCAGGAGAACGGAAGGUGGGGCGUUUGGAUUAAGAGGUACUCCGCUUUACAUGUCGCCGGAAUCCAUCGCCCACAAUGAACACGAGGCGCCGGCCGACAUAUGGGCUCUGGGUUGUGCCGUGUCGGAGAUGGUAAUGGGUAAGCCGGCGUGGAAGUGUGGGGCUAACACCGACGUUAGCGCCCUACUGUUUCGCAUUGGUUUCGGCGAAGAACUGCCCGAGAUUCCAGGGGGAUUGUCGGCAGAAGGGAAGGAUUUCUUAAGUAAAUGUCUUGUGAGAGAUCCAGAACAGAGAUGGACAGCGGAGAUGCUAUUGAAUCAUCCAUUUGUAGCUGAUGAGGCUGUUGUAUUGUGCGAGCCCGACGUUCCAUCCCCAUCUCCGAGGAGCCCCUUCGAUUUUCCCGAAUGGAGCAGCUCCCCACGAUCGUCAAUUUCCAAUUCGGAGAGCUGCACCUCUUCCGGGGCGUCAUCGUCAUCAUCGGUCUUAUUUUCUACUCGUUCAGAGGAACAGUUGGACCGACGCGAUUCGAUUACUUCUUCCCUAGUCAAUCGAAUUCGGCAUCUGGUGACAGGGCAAGGGGCGAACUGGUCGACCUCAGGUAGUUGGAUCACUGUAAGGGAAGCAGAGAGCUCCUCUGUUUCCCGGUGAAAAUGGAAUGGCGGAAGCCGAACAGGGGAGGAGGGAUCAAUCAAGCAGAGUGUUGUUUGAUCGAACGGUGCUGAUCUAUUCCCCGACAGUAAAAUUUGUUUAAAUUGCAUUAGUUUGUAAAUAUGUGGACCAACGAUUUUGAUUGAUAGAUCCGGAUCCUGUACAUAAAUAUAGAGAUUCGAUUUUUUAAAACAUGAGGGGAGGAAAUACGUGGAUGGAAGGAGCACCCGAUAGAAUACCUUUUGAACUGUUGUUGUUAUUCACGUGAAAUACGUGGUCUUGAGCCUUGUAAGGCAGAUGGCCCGAGCAAUCUGAUUCUGAAAUAUCAUCUAACCCAAUUCGAUUA